GCCGGAUUCCCCCCCCCCCCCGCCCGCACCAUGUCCCGCUCCAACCGGCAGAAGGAAUACAAACCCGGGGACCUGGUCUUCGCCAAGAUGAAGGGCUACCCGCACUGGCCGGCCCGGAUCGAUGAGAUGCCCGAGGCGGCGGUCAAGUCAGCGGCAAAUAAAUACCAGGUCUUCUUCUUCGGCACCCACGAGACGGCUUUCUUGGGGGCCAAGGACCUGUUCCCCUAUGAGGAGACGAAGGGGAAAUUUGGCAAAGCGAACAAGCGGAAAGGAUUCAGCGAGGGGCUGUGGGAGAUCGAGAACAACCCUACGGUCAAGGCCUCGGGCUACCAGCCACCCCAGGAGAAGGGCUGCCCGGAAGCCACGGAGCUGGAGCCAGCGGUCGGGGAUGGGGCGGCGGAGGAGGCCGGGGUCGGGGGCCGGAAGGGCAGCACGGACGGGGGCAGCAGCGAUGAGGAGGGGAAGCUGGUGAUCGACGAACCGGCCAAGGAGCGGAGCGAGAGGGGCCCUGGCAAGAGGCGGGCGGGGGACGCCCCUCAGGACAAUUCCAAACGCCCUAAGGAGGCCCAGCGCCCCGAGUGGGGAGAGCAGGAGGAGGAAGAUGAAGAGAAGGACCUUCCUCUCUCCAGUCGGGAGGAGGUCAGGAAGGAGGAAGAGGCAGAGGAGCCUGUGCCCGAGGGCAACAGAGACGGCAAAGACAGCCUGUAGCCACUUCCGAGCCAAGUCGCCCCCUGCCCAGGAUGGACAAGGUUUCUGGCCGAAAACUGGGAGCCGCCCCCACCCCCUUCCCCGCCCUCCCCCUGCCGCCCCAGACCAGGAAUUGUUUUUAGGGACGUUUUUAAUAAAAUGAAAUUUACCAAAAAAAAAAAAACCUAAAAGACCAGCCGCCCCUUCCGCUUCCCCCUCCGGAUGCCUUCCUCCCCCUCCCUGCGGGUCCUUGUCGGUUUGGGAAAAUGAAUAAACUGGAUCCAUCGGCUGGAA